AUGAUCGCUUUCGGCCUGGCGCUCCUUGCGCUGUGUACGCUGGCCAACGCGCAGCAGCAUCAGAUCCUGCUCUACACAAAGACCGCUGGUUUCCGCCACGACUCGAUCCCCACUGGCAUCCGCACCAUCACCGCGCUCGGCGACGGCUCGCUCGCCCUCCCCUCCUCCGCCAUCGACCCCUCCAUAGCUAACAUGCGAUGGACCACCGUCAACUCGGAGGACGAGACCCAGUUCCACAACUACACCUUCCUCGCCCAGUUCCAUGCGAUCGGCUUCCUUAGCACCACCGACGUCGACCCGCCCGGCGUAGGUACCGUGCUCGACGACCGAGGUCUGCGCAACUUGGCGCGCUACGUUCAGCAAGGCGGCAAUUACUUUGGCAUCCAUUCGGCUGCAGCAACUCUCUUCGGCGCUCCCUUCUACGGUCGCCUCGUCGGCGCCUUCUUCGACUACCACCCGCAGAUCCAAAACGUCACCGUCCGCGCCACCGAUGCUUCCCAUCCUUCCACCUCCAGGUGGCCGCAGGACGGAUUCACCAUCUACGAGGAGAUGUACAACUUCCGCUCCGACCCCAGACAGCUGCCUUCGCCCGCCAACAUCCUCGUCUCCAAUGCUUCCGCCUACCAGGACGGCGGCAUAAACCCGCAGGGAUUCCGCAAUGGGACCAAUGGCCCAGCCCCACAUCCUCUCGCCUGGUGGAGGCAGGGCGCUCUCCUCGAUACCAACGCUGCCACCGAUCCUAGCGUGCAGGGCGGAGGAGGUGCCGACAUUCAAGUCUCGGGCGGGCCGGGUCGCUCGUGGUUCACCAGUUUGGGCCACGACAACUCCACAUGGGCACAAGAUCUCUUCCGCGGCCACGUCGCCGGCGGAAUCGCAUGGGUGCUUGCAUCCUCCACGAGUACAGCCAAUACCAGCACCGGCACGAGUACCACCACAUCAACAUCCUCAUCCCCUGCAGCCACGUCUAGCACCGCACCCAACGCCGCCUCGACCGCCAACCGGCUUGGCGCAGAGGCGCUCCUCCUCCCGGCCCUCAGCGCCAUCGUCGUCUCGAUAUACCUCACUCUAGCGCCCACUGCUGCAACCAUGUAG